AGAGAGAGAGAGAGAGAGAGAGGGGAGAAAAGAGGACGAGAUCUGAUCAUUUUCAGCUCAGGUACUUUGCCUAAACUGGGAAUUUUCGUGGACCCUUUUCAAAAGGUGUUGUCUUUCGAUUCUGUAUCUGCUUCCUGUACAAGGAGAAAAAGAAAAAUGGCUAUUGAGAUUGCGGGAUUCGAGAUGGCCCCAGCACCCACGGAGGUUCCAUACGUGAAGGAAAAUGGGCAAUUCGAUAAGGGCACAACGUUAGGCGAGACCGUGACAUUGGGUUCGCAUGAGGAGAAGCCCAGUUUGGGAGAAGGUAACAAGGUUUCGGAAGUGAAUUUUCCAACGGAUGCCAUUGAUGAAUGGCCUGCGCCUAAGCGGAUCCACACUUUCUAUAUGGUGAAGUAUCGCUCUUACGAGGACCCAUCAAUAAAAGUCAAAAUCGAGCAGGCUGAUAAAGAGAUUCAGCGGAGGAAUCUAGCCAAGUUCCAGAUCACUGAAACAUUGAGGGAGAAGAGGUCGGAGAGGGCAGAUCUAAUUGCUCAAUUAAAAGCUCUUGGGGUGGAGAAUAGGAACUUCAAUAUUAUUCUGGACGAGAAGAGAAAGGAUAUGGAGCCCCUGCAUGAGGCGCUGGGCAAGCUUCGCCAUGCGAACACUGGUGGUCGAGGAAGUGGCUUAUGCUCAUCUGAGGAAGAACUUAAUCUGCUUAUCCAGAGCUUGAAUUACCGCAUCCAACAUGAGAGUAUCCCGUUGACAGAGGAGAAGCAACUUCUACGGGAGAUUAAGCAGCUUGAGGGGACUCGGGAGAAAGUCAUUGCAAAUGCUGCAAUGAAGGCAGAGGUUCAAAAGUCAGUUGGAGAGAAAGAAGCCAUUCAAGACCGAGUCAAACUUAUAGGUGCUGGUCUGGACGAGGUGAGGAAGGAUCAGCAGGUGGUUAAGGCAAAAAUUAAGGUUCUUAAGGAAGAGCUGGAGGCGAUAGAUGCGGAAAUCAAGUCUUUUCAAGAUGAGCUGUCAAAUGUUAUCCAGAAGAAGGAUAUAGCAUAUGAAACUAUUCAGGAAUUGAGGAGAAAGCGUGACGAAGGGAAUGCCUGUUUUUACCGUAAUCGUACACUCUUGAACCAAGCCAAAGAGCUUGCAGCUAGGAGAGAUGUCAGAGCCAUUGAAGAAAUUGCUCAUUCUGAGGUCGAGAACUUCUUUGCUCUCUGGAAUGGUCCCAGAAGUUUCAGGGAGGAUUAUGAGAACAGAAUUGCAUCAUCUCUGGAUUUUAGACAGAUGAGUAGAGAUGGACGAACAAAGUCCCCUGACGAGAAACCAGUGGCAGUGGUGCGAGAUUCAGUAUCCUUGGAAACAGAGUCACUCGUCAAGGCCAGUGCAAAAAAAGCAGCAAAGGAAGAUCCCAAGACGAUGGUGCAGCACAAUACUGCUCCCGCACAAAAGGUCCAGAAAGAGACUGUUAAGAAUGUCCAGAAAGAGACCGUUACAAAAGUCCAGAAAGAGACCGUUACUAAAGUAAAGGAUAUUGAAACCACACCAGAGCAUCAUGAACUAGCUGAAAAGGAGAAUGCUGACUCACAGAAACCUCCGAAGCGCACUCCGCCCGUGGUUAAUGAGGUCGAUCUGGUGAAGCUGAAAGAGAUGAAAAGAGAGGAGGAGAUUGCUAAAGCUAAGCAGGCUAUGGAGAGGAAGAAGAAGCUGGCCGAGAAAAAUGCUGCCAAAGCGGCCAUAAAGGCACAAAAGGAAGCCGAAAAGAAACUCAAGGAACGGGAAAAGAAGGCAAAGAAGAAAGCGGGUACAUCUGCUCCUGCUACUGAUUCGGAUGAAGCUGCUCAAGUACCUGAAGAAUCAGUUGAAAUGGAGAAGGUGGAUCCAGGUGUCGAGGCCGUCCUUCCUGUGAAGGAGAAGUUCACCAAGGAGAAUCCAGUCAGACACAGGACUCGUACAAAAGGCGCGGAAUCGCUCCCAAAGGCAAUACUCAAGCGGAAGAAGUCAAGCAACUACUGGGUUUACGUUGCUCCCGUUGCUGUUGCUGUUACAGUUGCUCUGUUGCUAGUUUUAGGAUACUACUAUACUUACUGAAGCAGAGAUACUGCUAGCGAGUAUAGUGAUGGACAUCCGGUUUCAUAGAUCUGUUGUAGCAAACUGGUAAUUUUGUUUUGUCCCCUCUGCGGGAUGGACUAAAAUGUCAUAAUCGUCGAGCAACUCGGUCUCUUCAAAUUUUGACUAUAGUGAACCAUACCUGUUUCUGCGAAA